AUGAUGGCAAGCUCGAAAGAAUUUCCAUCCGCAGCAGAACUGCGCGAGAAGCUGAUGCAUGCUUCACAUAUCCUACAUCACCACGAUAUCCUUGAUGGAUUCGGCCACAUCUCAGUCCGCAAUCCCGAGGACCCCAACACGUGCUUUCUGACGGGUACGGCUGCCGCGUUGAUCACCUCUCCAGAUGUGUUCACAGAAUACCGGAUCAAUGAUGGCCAGCCUGUCAAAGAUGGCGUUUUUGUAUCCCCUUACUCGGAGCAUCACAUCCAUGCAGCGAUCCUCGCUAAAUUUCCGGGCGUGCACAGUGUCGUGCAUAGCCAUGCUCUAGAUGUCCUCGCCUACACCGUGACAUCAGGCUCCGCAAGCCAAGGCCAGUCGAAUCCAUCAACCUCGAGGCCAGUCAUCCACAAGACUGGGUUUCUUGGGGACUCUGUGCCAGUAUGGGAUAUUGCCAGGGCGUACACACCUGAGCACGAACAGCAGAAACGGCAUUUGUUGGUGAAUGACUACUGUCUCGGCGAGAGCCUCGCAGCGGCCGCGGUCAAGCCGGCAGGACAAUACCCCUACCACAAAGUCGUCCUGCAACGUGGCCAUGGCUUUGUGGCUCUUGGUGACUCGAUCGAAGAGGCCGUUUAUAACGCCAUUUACACUGUCGAGAAUGCUCGUGUGCAAGCCCAAGCCGAGCAGAGAUGCAAUCUUCACUCCCAUCAAUCUAUCCAUUUUCUGGGCCCGGAGGAAAUCGAAGCCUGUUCACGAAUGGAUCGGGAAUGUAUCACGAAAGUGUGGCCGUUGUGGAUGGCUGAGAUCAAGCAGAAUGCAUUGUGGCAAUGA